UAGAGUUAGUUGCACUUAUUGUUCUACCAUACUUAAUAGGAUCGUCUUAUCGCAAAAUGAAGAAGAAUGCCAAUUGGACUCCUACUAAGCAUGAUGUUCUUGAUUCCUUCUUGCUUCACAUUGAGACGUACGAGGAUUUGACACCAUAUCAAGAAAAAAAGAGAGAAAUUUACGCAAGCGAAAAUUUAACUUUUCAACCGUAUCCAGUCUUAUGUGGUCCUUUUGAAGAAAUUAAUUGCUCAUUUAUUGUCAUUAUAAAUGAAACGUCAUAUUUGGUUGACUCGCCCUUAAAAGCAAUCGAUACUUGUUUAAAAGUUUUUUUCGCUCUUAAUGCCAGCUAUCCUAUUGAAAGCGCUGGAUGCUGGAUUUUUCUACAAAAAUUCGUUUAUAAUAUUUCAGUAGAGAAAGAGGACUCAGCUGUAAAUAAAUUAAUUACUCAGCUGCAGUAAAAUUUCAACAUUCAGUUUUGAUUUUAAAGUUCAGUUAGUAGAAAAUAAGAAUUUUUUGUGAUACUACUGAUAACUAUGGAGAAAAAUAUUAUAUUAUAUGAAAACAUUAGUAAGUUAGUACGUUUUUGAGACUGUCUAUAUUUAUUAUAUUCGUUUUAUUUUAUCUUUAUUUGUUUUAAAGAAAAUACAUAAUCUAAAAAAUGGCGAGUCAAAAGAAAAUGAUUGACAUAAAACAAGAAAUUUUAAAACUGACAUUAGAACUUUACAAUUCAUCCAUUCCCAGAAAUGUUGUUCAAACUUUUGUUGAAAAAAUGUCUGAAACAUUAGAACAAUCUUAUAUACCAUACUUGAAGCAAGAGGUGGAAAAAAAUCUCCAACAUUGUCCUAAGUCAAUCGUAAACUCAAUUACGGAAGUUUUUGAUAAAAAUAAAAAUCCAUUCAAAGAUGUAUCGACAGAGUAUUUACGUUUCGAAUUACUCUCUAAAUUUGAAUCAGCGGAAUCUCGCUGAUUCUCAGCUAUAAGUAUACCACUGAUUCUAAUCAGCUUAUAUGCACUGAUGAAUUAGUGGAAUUUCACUGAUUUUUCAGUGUAUAUCCGCUGAUUCGUACCAGUGGUAUACUUAUCGCUGAUUCAA